AUGGGAGAUCUUCACGGCGAUCUAGCAAAUACACUCUCUAUCUUGAAGUUUUCAAAAAUCAUCGAUGACGACCAACGUUGGAUAGCAGGCAACACGAUCCUAGUACAAACUGGUGAUGUUGUUGACCGUGGGUUAGAUACAAUUAAGCUUUAUCAAUUACUGCAAAAGCUGCGAGAGGAAGCGCCACUCUCGGGUGGACUUGUUAUUCCUUUGCUGGGUAAUCAUGAAAUAAUGAAUCUAAUUGGAGACUGGCGUUAUGUAUAUCCUGGAGAACCGGAGACAUUUGGUGGUAUGGAAGCUCGUAAGCGUGCCUUUGCUCCAGAUGGGUUUAUCGGAAGCUAUUUGGUCCCGUUAGAUAUGACCACCAAGGUCGGUUCAACCGUCUUUUGUCACGGUGGUAUUCAUCCUUACUAUGCAAAGUUCGGCAUCGACUGGAUCAAUAACCAGACACAUGAGAGUAUGUUGACGUUUAUGGAAUCUCAUGGGCACAAAGGCGAUGAAUUUGGUGUAUUUGGAGGAUAUGGGCCCACAUGGUAUAGAGGAUAUGCUGCAGAUGAUGAAGAUAUCAUCUGUGAGUUACUAGAGGAAGCCUUGGAGUCAAUGGAGGCUAAUCGAAUGGUGGUUGGGCACACUGUUCAGCACGAUGGCAAGAUUCAUACUCGCUGUGGAGGAAGAGUGGUUUUGAUUGAUAUUGGUAUCUCAACUGUUUAUGGAGGUAAUAAAGGCGCGUUAGAAAUCAUGGGUGAUCAAGUUACUGCUCUGUAUGAAUACAAGAACGAGACCCUAUCAUCUCCUCCUCCCUAUAAGCCCAAGAAGAGUGAUGAGCAUCAAAAACCAACUUUAGUACAUCAAGAGCUAUGA